AUGACAACUUUAAAGGUGUUGUCUUCGGACACGAUACGAUUGAUUGGUAGCACCCAGGUGAUUACCUCUGUUAGCAGUGUCGUCAAGGAAUUGAUUGAAAAUUCUUUAGAUGCUGGUGCUACGAGUAUUGACAUCAAGUUGGAAAAUUAUGGUUUGGAUCAUAUAGAGAUCAAAGAUAAUGGAAAAGGAAUUCCUGAAAAUGACAUACCAUAUUUGGCUAAACGUCAUUACACUUCCAAGAUUUCGGCUUUUACUGAUUUGGAGCAGUUAUUGACUUAUGGAUUUCGUGGUGAAGCUCUUGCCUCUCUUUGUGCUGUAAGUGAAGUGACUGUCACCACACGAACGGCAGCUGAUGCUGUGGCACGUUGUCUUCUCCUCAACAACACCGGGGAUGUUGUUUCCACAAAACUUUCUCCUCAACCCGAAGGUACAACAAUUUGUGCUGCUAAACUCUUCAAAAAUCUUCCUGUGAGACAACAGUACAACAAAAAUGAUAAGAGACGAAAAGAAGAACUGAAGAAAGUGGAAAACCUGGUCGUGGCGUUUGGCAUUAUCAAUCCAAAGAUUCGGUUUACGCUACGUCAUAACAAAGACAUGCUCUGGCAGAAAGCUGCUGUUGAUACAAUUCGCUCGGCUGUGCUCGCAGCAUGGGGCUACAGUGUUGUACAACUCCUGGAACACAUGCAGCAAACCAGAGAGGAUCCGCAGGUGUCUGUUGAGAUGUUUGUACCUAAGUGUGGUUCAGAUGUGAUGACAAUGAGCAAAACGAGCGGCGACCAGGGAUUUGUUUAUGUAAACAAACGACCAGUAAUCUUAAAAAAUAUACAAAAGGUGAUCCGCCAGUAUUAUUGCAGCUGCCAUAGCUGUGACACCAACAGGUAUCCGCUGUUUGUGGCUUCGAUCUCCUUGCCUCAAAAAGAAGUGGACAUCAAUUUGGAUCCAAACAAAACUCAAGUCCUUAUGCAUAAUGAUGAUAUUGUGAUGGAUGUUACAACGAUUCUCCUGGAAACCAUUUAUGGUCCGCUUGGUUCCGUCUCUGGACGCAAACAGGUGUGUGAAAGCAAAGCUGACAAAACCCAUGAUUCUGACAUUACAGACAAUAUGAAAGAUGCCCGACAGAUGCCAAACAAUACUGAUGCAAAAUGUGCCUCAGAUGACUUGUACCCGUCUAAGAGUGGGUCGCUCCCAAACUCCACGGAAUCAAAACUAGAAUCACCAAAUAUCAUUUUUAGGCAGGAUUCUUCAGAAAUGAAUUUUACAUGUGAUCUUGAUAAGUGCCACCAGAGUUCUCUUGCAUCAAAACCAGGAAGAACCCAAGAUACUUCCCUUUCCUCAUGUGAGAAACCAUCUUUGUCAUCUUUGAAUAGCACAGACAAAAAUUUUCUUCUGGAACUCUCUGAAAACUCGGUCAACCAGCUGCCCAAGUCAAAUUUCUUGAAUGAUUCAAAGAAGGCGUCAACUGCUACUGCUUCCAAACCUGGAAUGGAUCUCGAUACUGGCGCCAAUCUGCAUCCUGAAUCCCAAAGACAGGAAUCAGAGAUACCAAAUGACACCUGUAGCAGUGAUCUUUUUGACCAGCUGAUGGGAUCUUUUACCCCAGAGACACCGGUUGCAGCAGACCCAACAUUGGCAGAGAAUGCUGUUCCGACACAACAGCUAAGUCUUCUUGAAGACAGUCAGCGUGCAGCAGACUUUCUUGAUUCUUUUAAUGAACCUGUGGAUGGAGAAACUUGGAGCCGUGGAAAGAUGAAAUCAAAAGAUGGAGGUCUAGUGCAGCCUGUGCAACUGUUUGCGCCAACAGCUCGUCAUACACCAGGAAAACGUCCACCAUCUCCUUCACAUGAUUCACAGCUAACACCUGUAGCCAAGAAGAAAGCUGUCGAACCAAAGAUUAACAUUAUGGAAGGGCAGACAACUUUAUAUGAUCUAGUUGAAAGCCAGCCAGUCAAACGUCCUGAAACGUCAUUUCUCAUCUUCUCCAAGCAGAUCAGACCAAAGAUUAUGGAAGAAAAUCCUGAUGCAGACUACAAGACCCUGUCUGAGCUCAUUGUUAAAAAGUGGAAGUCCUUGACGGAUGUGGAGAAAGCUGAGUUUAAGAAUCUCUGCCAGAAAGAUGUGAAAAGAUACAAAGAACAAAUGCAGUUGGCCAAGGAAAGAGCUGCUAACAAAAUUCUGAAUACCAAAACCAAAGUUUCUGCAAAAGUAAAACCCGGGCAUACGCCUGCCCGAGAAAAAUUGCUGAAGACUUGCAAGGUGUCCAUUCAGACACCCAACAAGCAACAACCUGUCAAAGUACAAACAGUACCCUUCAGUAUGUCUCAAUUAAAGGAGAAGCUAUCUUGUGAAUACAACUCAAGCAGUCAGUGUAGUUGGACAUCAGCUGACCGUCUUGUGCCAAUUGGUUAUCUGCCGUCUCGUGAUGCCUGGGUUUGCCACCAAGGAGUCAAACUUGCUCUACUGAAUUCCCACAGAGUUGAUGAAGUCUUGAUAUAUCAACGUCUCAUGGAAUCCUUUCAAGUUCUCGCGGACCCUCUGGAGAACCCAAUCCUUCUUAAUGACAAAUUACCUGGAGGGGAAAGAAUUUGGAAAACAUUAAUGUCUUUGAAACGUGAAAAUCAUGCAACAUCUUCCCACCAGGUUGUGGCUGAUGAACGAUUGCUGUCCAAUGGUUUCCGUGUCGCAAUUUAUGAUGUUUUCUCUGACAUAUAUUUAUCUCCUCUCUCUAUCCCUGUCUAUUCCCCCAUCUCCCUUUCUUUCUUUUGUUCUCUCUUUUGUUCUCUCUUUCUUUCUUUUGUUCUCUCUUUUGUUCUCUCUUUCUUUCUUUUGUUCUCUCUUUUGUUCUCUCUUUCUUUCUUUUGUUCUCUCUUUUGUUCUAUCUUUUGUUCUCUCUUUCUUUCAUUCGUUCUUUCUUUCUUUCAUUCGUUCGUUCUUUCUUUCUUUCUUUCUUUCGUUCUUUCGUUCAUUCUUUCUUUCUUUCUAGUUGUAUAUCUUUUCAUGGCUACUUCCUAUCACUCCUUUUGCUUUUAUCAGAAUAAGUCCAACUUGUCAGAAGCAUCUCAGGUCGAAGUAACUGGCCUCACUUCCUGCGUUCCGAUGUAUGGGAUCAAAGACCUCCAUGAAGUCUUAGAAAAUAUUGCUACAAUAGGACCAUCCACGUCUUUGAUGCAGUGUCGCCCGCUGAAGAUUGUCAAUUACUUAAAGUCUGAGGCUGUUCGCAUGGCACGAAGCUCGCCCUCUUUCUCAUCCAGGGACGACAUAAUGGAUCUUCUCGACAGAAUUGGUAAAGCACGGAAGUGGAAAUGCCUUCAUGAUCGGCCAUUCCUUCAUGAUAUUUACAACCUCAGUGACCUGCCUUUCUCACAGGAGAGCUUUGAUUCCUAUGUUUUUGCCUCAACAAAUUCCCGUCUCUCUCUGACCGUUCAUGUCGCUCUCCCUUUUUCUCUGGCCAUAUUCCUAUCGCUCUCCCUUUCUCUCUCUGGCCAUUCCCGUCGCUCUCCCUUUCUCUCUGGCCAUUCCUGUCGCUCUCCCUUUCUAUCUCUCGCUGUAACCAUCACUCUCUUGCUCUCUCUAUCUGACCGUUCCCGUCGCUCUCUCAAUCCUCUCUCUCUCUCUGGCCGUUCCCCUCUCAAACUCUCUCUCUCUCUCUCUCCCUUUCUCUCUAGGUUAAUCGUUCUCUCUAGCUGGAAUCUGGUGGUUCCCGCUCUCUCAUGCUCUCUCUCUCUCUCUCUCUUUCUCUCUGACCAUUCCAAUCUCCUCGCUCUCCCUUCUCUCUCUCUCUCGUUCCUGUCGCUCUCCAAUCUCUCUCUCUCUGAUCGUUCCCGUCGCUCUCUCAUCUCUCUCUCUCUCUCUGGCCCGUUCCCGGUCGAAAAUCCUUGUCUCUCUCUCUCUCUCUCUCUCUCCUCUUUAUCUCUGACCCGUUCAUAA